AAAAUCUUGAGCUGUGUUAUAGAUCCUGUUGCAUCUUUCGACACCUUCCGAGGUUUACGUUUGGGUUGCAACCAUCGUACUGUGGUCGCACGGCUUGUCAGGUUAUGGUUUCAAGUCAGGAGAGGAAACAUGAGGAGGAAGAGAACCAUGCACAUGCUUUGGCUUGACAAAAAGGACCAAUUGCUCGAGGGAAUGGUUGAG